AUGGAGAAAUCCCUGGAAUUGGCCAACAUGACCAGAGUCCAGCAGUUUGUCUUGCUGGGUUUGUCCAGUAGCCCGGGCAUAAGGGACGCCCUGUUUGCCAUCUUCCUGACUCUCUACAUGCUGACCCUCCUGGAGAACACGCUCAUCAUCUACCUCAUCUGCAGCCACAGAGAGCUCCACAAGCCCAUGUACUUCUUCCUGGGCAACCUCAGCGGCCUGAAGAUGUGCUACGUGUCAGUGACCAUGCCCAGCCUGCUGGCGGGGCUGUGGAAUGGCAUCUACCACAUUUUCUUUGUGGCCUGCAUGACUCAGCUCUUCUUCUUCAUAGUCCUUGUUGGCACAGAGUGCAUCCUCCUGGCCUCCAUGGGCUAUGACCGCUAUGUGGCCAUCUGCCACCCACUGCACUACCCACUGCUCAUGCGGCCCCAGGUCUGCCUAGGCUUGGCCAUGACUUCGUGGCUGGGUGGGCUUGUAGUAUCUCUGGCCAAGACCACAUGCAUUGCCACCCUGUCCUACUGUGGCCCCAAUGUCAUCAACCACUUUUUCUGUGAUGUGGCCCCUCUGUUGGAUCUGUCUUGUACUCAUGUGGCCCUCACUGAGCUGGUGGACUUUGUCUCUGCCAUCGUCAUCCUCUGGGGUUGCCUUAUUCUGACUAUGACCUCUUAUGUGGCUAUUGGUAGGGCUGUGCUCCGCAUGCCAUCAGCUGCUGCCCGCUACAAAGCCUUCUCCACCUGCGCCUCCCACCUGGUGGUGGUGGGCAUAUUCUAUUCAGUCACAAUCUUCAUCUAUGCCCGUCCCAGCCACAUGGAGGCCAUGGACCUCAACAAGAUGCUCUCUGUCAUCUACACGGUGGUCACACCCAUGUGCAACCCUGUCAUCUACUGUCUGCGCAACAAGGAGGUCCAGGCAGCUUUCUAUAAAACCCUGCACUGGUCCUGA